AUGCCUUCUUCCUACGCCGACUCCGAGAGUGUCUAUUCCCAACAAUCCAGUCAACGCUCCGGUCGGCGUAAAGCAGACUAUCCUUACGCGUUCGACACACCACAGGCCAGGGUGGACUCCAGUGACUACCUCGCCGACGCCCGCACCUACCUUUCUCCAACAUACACACCCAGGUCCCACGAAUCCCGUCACGAACCGUACACUGCUAAAAACCCUAUCCAAGACCGUCAUUCUCGCACUAAAGGUCAACAUGUUCCGUCGCCCCUCAAUCCCGCACGUCGUGACACGAGGGACGACGCAACAAUAUCGUCGACGUCUAGUUCGAGGAGGACGAAGCCCCGACCUAGGUCUAACAGUUUCGGUGAGUCCACUACGGGCUCUCUCAGGAGCUUCGGUGGGCUGAGUCUUCCUGACAUGAUCAAAUAUGAAUCCCCUGCUCCAUCCUUCCGCGGAGAAGGUCGUUCCCAGAGGUCGUCUGGAGUAUCUGCAGUCCUUCCGCCUGAAGACCGCCUCCCGACAAAGAGCCAUAGCCCCCUACGGGACGCCAAGAGUCAAGCUACUGGUCGCGCAUCUCCUAGCUCGAUUCCGUGGAGCAAGAGGGCUCCGCCGAGUAACGAAGACCUAUCCGCUCAGCUCCGCGAGAUGCUCUCGGAUUCGGACCUGACACUAGCUGGAUCGAGGAGUGCAUCGCCCGCUAGGCCCUCUGCCUCUCGCGCUCACUCGACUACCACAACAGGGACCUCGACGACUCACCACACUUCCCGAACAGAUGCUAGAAAAGUCUCUCCUACCAUCGUCUACGUUCAUCCCCCUGCCCCCUUAGGCCUCCCCACUCCUGUCCACGUCCCCGCAUCUCUUCCCGGUCCCUCCCAUCAACGUCAAUCGUCUAAAUCACCGCAGCCACACCCGCCGAGUACGCCGCCGAAGGAUACUACGCGCAGGAAAGCUUCCGGAGAUAUCUACGGGACAGUCAGCUCGGUGAGGAGUACCCGCACGACAAGGACCACCGCGCCAAGCCCCCUGCAACACGACAUGACCCAGGUUGAGAACCCAACGUCCUCGACCCUCUGGUUAUCCCGCACCGUCUCGGAGUCGGACAAGGUCGUGAAGGCGAGACGCGAGGCCGAGCGGGAGGCAGCACGACUGAAGGCAAAGCCACUUCGAGCGGUCGAGACUCCUCUGAUUCACUGGCGUCCGUGUAUGCAAGAGUCGUCCUUCUUGACGAGGAUACGCGGGAAUCAGCCGUGCUGCAAAGGUCACGAGUCGCUAUACGACGAUAUCAUCUUCCAGUCGUUGUGGGUGGGCCAUGUCUCGAAUCGCGAUAGGGCUCUCGAUUACGGCUUUUGGGUGAGUGAUUUGGGGUCGGUUUCGAGCCAGAUUAAGUUGCCCGGAUACAAGCCUCUUCGGGAGAUGGGUUUCGAGGGAAGCGAGAGGCCGUUGAAGUUGCAUAUGUUAUGGCCGGGAUACGAUAGGUGGUUGACGCGCGAGCUCGACACGCAUUAUGGACAAGUGUCGAUGGUGCAGUUGGCCGAGUUCGCGGCCAAGACCGUCCACGACUGGUGGGAGAAAGUCGACAGACGCAAGAGAUGUUGGACGGGCGAUAGGAAGUUUGCGGAGUGGCAGAUCGUCGAGUUUCCUGGUCAGAGUGGUGUUACGUUGAGUGAGGUGCUCGUGACCGGCCUGGAGCAUCGAGGCGAUAAUCAUUGGCAGCUGAAGCUGAUGAAGGUGGUUCACCAGUAG